AUGUCGUCACGCAAGAGCACGGUCACCACGCAAAACGGACGCGGCGCGGCGGACAAGCGCGAUGCACAGCGCGAUGCGCCGCGCGAGCAGCUCUCGACGGGCCUCUGGCUGCUCAAGCACACCCAGGGCAUCGUGACCACCGCCACUGCACUCGGAAUCCUCCAUCUGCGUACCAGCCAUGUGCUCUACUUUACCAUAGGCAGCCUGGCCACCAGCUUCACCGCCAAGGGACUCAAGCGCGUCAUCAAGCAGCCUCGCCCUCCCGGCUCGAGGGUGAAAAAGACGAGCGGAAUGCCGUCAACCCACAGCGCGACGAUCUCGUUCAUGGGCACGUAUAUCAUGCUGUCAUCGCUGCUGCUUCCUCUGCACCCUUCGCUCAUCCUGGACCGCACAUCGACGCAGUCGGACCAGAUGGUGCGCAUCUGGCUUGCGCUGAUUGGCGUGGCAGCCCCCGUGCUGGUCAUGUGGUCGCGCGUUCGGCUCGGCGUACACACGCGUGCGCAGACACUGGUAGGCGCCGCACUCGGUGUAGUCAAGGCUAUCGUCUGGUUCACCCUCUGGAACGGCACCCAGAUCAUGACCGGUACCAGCUCGGCUCCGGUCUUGGACGCUGCUACGUUCCCGUCCACACUGCAAGUGGGCCUGAGAGCCACAGUCGGCACACGCAUCGACUCGCUCAUUCGACACACCGAAGCCACCCUGCGCGAUGCAUCCGGCUUCUGA